UCAUUCCUACAGGCUCUCUUCUCAGACAGAGCUCAAAGACCUCGCUAGCAGACACUUAGUGUGCGCAUCGGGGAGAGAGAGCGGGAUAAAUGGCUGUAAUUAUACCUCUCUAGUUGAUCCGGAAGGUUGUUUUUGCCACCUAGCUCGUCAUGUGAUUGCCCCUGGCUUCAUAUGCUUCGGUUUUUUUGUUGUAAACUUGAUUUCCAGCCCAGCAGUAGCCUACAUACCAUCGCAGAGAAGCCAAGUAGGACUUGUAAUCUAAUACCAGUGGCGCGUUUUUUAGUAGGUUGGGGCUGUUGCUUUCCAAAAAGGUGGUGGACCCGACACAAGCCUCGUGUGGAGACUGUCACUUUAACUCAAGGUCCAAGGAAAAAGGCAACAGCCGAACGCAAGUAGACCUGACACCUUUGUUUUUUUUAGUCGGAGACGUCCCGAGAAGGAGUGUCUCACUCCCAAACCAGUCUGUUCCCGUAGUGAUCUUUUCAAUCCCGCUACAAAGAAGAGGAUUUCAAGGAAUAUAAUAUAUGCGCAGAUUAAAAGGUCUCAAAGGCUGACUUGACAAUGGGAUCUACAAACCACUGAAGUGGCUCUGACAAAAGAACAGGGGAAACAGGAGGAAAGUAGAGGAGAAAAGGAGAAAAACACUAAACAACAAAAGGAGAGUGGACUCUGAGAGAGAGAGAGAGAGAGAGAGAGAGAGAGAGCCCUUAUUGAAAAGAAAAGAGGAGGUCGGCUCGGGGAGGAUCAGCUUUGUCCAUCGGUGUGGGGUUGGGGGUGCAUGCUUGUCCUCUCCAGUGGGCUUCCUCCUUUGUGAGAGAGACAGAGUUAACAAAAGACAAAGAAUGUGCAAUAAACAGAGAGGAGAAUGUCGACCGGCGGUGGAGGCUGGAGCGGGGAUGCCUGGUCUGGGGAGGAGAACCAGUGUGGUACUACUACUGGCUCUCCUGGUAGCCAUGGUCCAGGGACAGGUGGAGGUAAUGGGGGACAUGCUGCAGGAUGGACCCGGGAAGCUGGAGGCCUCCAUGCACUCCUCCAUACUGUCAGACUUCCAGGAGGUGGAGGCCUUGAAGCCAGUGGCGGCUACAGUUUAUCAGGCUGAAGUAGGAGCAGCAGAGGGGGAGUCAGGAAUCCCCGACUCGUCUGCUGUGGUGGGCCGGGUGUUUCAGAUGAAGGUCCCGUUGAAGACGGACCACACCAGCAACACUAAGAUCACUGAGUCUGGCAAGGAGACGCUACCAGCAUGGCUACACUGGAAGAGCAACAUCCUACAGGGUCUACCACUGGAGGAGGACAAGGGUGUCCACUACAUCGCCGUCUCCACAUCAAACGGCAGCCAGGACAUCUUCUCCAUCGAGGUGCACCCAGAGGAACAUGUGGACCCGAUCCAGCUAGCCAUUCAGUCAGCAUCCAACAAUGAGGUCAAGCCGUUUGUCUGCGGCACAGAGGAACCGGUGACGGUACUCACAGUGAUUCUGGACGCCGACCUCACCAAGAUGAGCUCCAGGCAGAGGGUGGAGCUGCUGGGCAAAAUGAAGAAGUUCUCUGGCGUGGAGCUCCAGCACAUGAAGAUACUUCCUGUGGUCAACAACAGAUUGUUCGACAUGACCGCCUUCAUGGCCGGACCGGGAAAUGCCAAAAAGGUGGUGGAGAACGGAGCCCUGUUAUCCUGGAAGCUGGGCUGUUCCCUGGACCAGAGCAAUGUCCCCAACAUCAGCAGUGUCCAGGCGCCAGCGAAAGAAGGCACUAUGUCUGCUCAGCUGGGAUACCCUGUGGUCGGUUGGCACAUCGCCAACAAGAAGCCUCAUAUCCCCAAACGGGUGAGGCGCCAGCUCAACAAUACCCCUACCCCGGUUCUUGUUGUGCUUCCCCCAACGUCUGUUGUCGAGCCCCCUAUUCGCAUUGUACCCACGCUGUCGUCACCUGCCAUCGCUGCCCCCACAGACAGCUCUGCCCCACCCAUGAGAGGACCUGUGCCCUUGCCCAUGAAGCCCACGAUCCGUGUCAGAGACUCAUAUGCCCACACUCCCACUCAGGGUGCACCCCUGCCAACCAGAGUGAUGGAGUCCACUAGUACCAUCUCCAUUGAACCCACUAUGACCAGGCAUACCGUUGUGGAAGCUACACCGACACUCCCUCCACCCACCACAGUUGCCACCAGAAAGCCAACCAAGAAACCAAAGAGACCGAAGACCACUCCGAUGCCAAGGGAGUCCAAGACCACCACAGCCAAACCAGCCAGGCGCACCACCCCUUCGUCCAUCGUGCCUGACCCAAGAAACGAGAAGCCAGAUCUCCGCAACCCCAUCGAUCAGGUCAAUGCCUUCGUGGGCACAUACUUUGAAGUGAAGAUCCCAUCCGAUACAUUCUUUGACAAGGAGGACGGUACAACAGACAAACUAAGGUUGACCUUGAGGAUGAACCACAACGAAGUUGUCGGGGAUGACUCCUGGAUACAGUUUAAUAGCACAAGCCAGCUGCUAUACGGUCUUCCAGACUCAAAUCACGUUGGGAAGCAUGAGUACUUCAUGCAGGCCACCGAUAAGGGUGGUCUGAACGCGAUCGACGCCUUCGAGGUCCGUGUGAACCGCUGGGCAUCCAACGAUAAGUCCCCGGUCCUGUUCCAGGCCCGCUUACACGGAGAACCGCGCCUGGUGACCAAUGACAUCCACAAGAAGAUUCUGCUCAUCAAGAAGCUGGCGUACUCGUUCGGUGACCGCAACAGCAGCACGGUCACCCUGAGGAACAUCACCAAGGGAUCCAUCGUGGUGGAGUGGACCAACAACAGCCUCCAGCAGAACCCUUGUCCCAAGGAGCAGAUUCAGACCAUGUCCAGGAGGAUCUCUGAUGCCCAGGGAAGGCCCUCCCAGACCUUCAUCUCCGCCAUGGAACCGGACUUCAUACCCAUCAGCAUCAAGGUCAAAGGAACGGGUGCCUGCCGGACCUACAUGUUUGUCCCGCCUGGUGAAAUCACUAUCCCUAUCCCUCCAGCUGUCACGCCGGCACUGGGCACCGGACGCCAGAGCACAGACGACGUCUACCUCCACACAGUGAUUCCGGCCGUGGUGGUGGCGGCCAUCUUGCUGAUCGCUGGCAUCAUCGCCAUGAUCUGCUACCGCAAGAAGCGCAAAGGAAAGCUGACCAUUGAGGACCAGGCUACCUUCAUCAAGAAGGGUGUGCCCAUCAUCUUCGCAGACGAGCUUGACGACUCCAAGCCGCCCCCGUCCUCCUCCAUGCCGCUCAUCCUGCAGGAGGAGAAACCCCCUCUUCCCCCACCGGAGUACCCUAACAUGGCCAGUCCAGAGACCACCCCCCUGAACCAGGAUCUUCUGGGUGAGUACACGGCUCUGAGGGACGAGGACCCCAACGCGCCCCCCUACCAGCCCCCGCCCCCCUUCACCGCACCCAUGGAAGGUAAAGGAUCUCGUCCAAAGAACAUGACCCCUUACAGAUCCCCACCACCUUACGUGCCACCCUAAGGGUUUAGCAGGCUCCUCCAGAGAAGGAGGAGGGAAGCAGGGGGACUUGUAACGGUCUCAAUCCAGUGUCUGUUUGGAAAUAAGGGGUGGGAGGAGGAGGACAAAGUGGGAACAAACUUUGGAUUUUGGGUUGGGAGGGUUAUGGGGUGAUCUGAUUGAAUUCAAGUUAUUGGAAAGAUGGGAGGGAGGGAGAACUAGAUGUUAGCCGCGGCGACAGUAGCCACAAAAAGGACACUAUUCAGUCUGUCGUCUCAUUGGCUACAGCUGAAUGGCUAGUUUGGGAAGACCCGCCCCUUUGGUCCCAGCGCUUUUUUUUUCUCUGUUUGAAACUUAAUGGGCUUUUGUUUUAAUUUAGUUAUUUGGUUCUGUUUAGUUAAUUUUUUUUGGGGGGGGGGCUGACUUCAAACGACUUGCUUAAUAAAACUAUUUUUAUGUUAUUUUAUCUUGAAUAAUACAAGAAGAUAAUAAACAAACACACUGCAGGCAUACAAUGUUUUUAAUAGAGAGAGAGUUCUAUGAAUAAAAACAGAAACAUCAUAAUCAUGUGGAUCUGCACCAGCCCUGCAGCUAGCCCUGCAGCUAGCCCUGAAGCUAACCCUGCAGCUAACCCUGCAGCUAGCCAUGCAGCUAACCCUGCAGCUAGCCCUGCAGCUAACCCUGCAGCUAGCCCUGCAGCUAACUCUGCAACUAGCCCUGCAGCUAACCAGACAGACAACACAGUGGCUUGUUGGGCGGUGGGUCAGUGUUUUGAGUCAAUAAGGUUUGCCUUUUAACACUAAUUGUAUAUUUGUAUCCUUAUUCACACAAUGUCUAGUCAAGAUGAUCAUAACAAAGUUGGCCUAAAAAAUCAUUAGAAAUGUAAAACGUUCUGUUUGUUUUAUUACUUUUAUUUUUAAAUCCACUCUAUAUCUGGAUGGUUCUGAUAGAUAGAUAGAUAGAUAGAUAGAUAGAUAGAUAGAUAGAUAGAUAGAUAGAUAGAUAGAUCUCUCCCUCGAUCAGAAAGAAACGGUAAACCCAGCCCAGUCAGGACUAAACAAGCAAACAUUACCGUUAGCUAAUGUUAGCACGUACGGCAACCAUGACAACUGUGAUUCUACAACAGCCUGGCCCAGUUAUUAUCAGAUGUGUAGUUUUGACUUGAAGCUCAAGGAUUUUUACCUUGACUGGGUAUCCCGAAGCCACCCAAAAUCAUUCAAGAGGGAAAUACAAUACACUAUCCCCUUUUUAUUAUUAUUAUUAUUUAAAAUGGCUCCCUUAUCCGAAUAUGAUCAUAACAUUGACCAUUUGAAUGCCAUGUUGCCUUUAUGGUGAUGCGAUGAGUCUUCUGUAUAUAGCUAUCGAUCGGCCUGUUGAAAUAAUAUUAAGUGUAUUUAUACUUCAAAAAAUGUUUGUGUAAAUCAGAUAUGGAAAAAGCCUCCUGCAGUUUAUUUUAGACAAGGAGUAAUUAUUUUUUUAUGUAGUGAUGAUGAUGCUCUUGUUCUCACAGUUUAUGCGGGAAACAAUUCAUUUGCUGUUGAGAGUGAUUUUGAAGGUCCUGAAAGGGAUACAAUCUUUAUUCACAACUCAAAGUUCAUUAAGACGAGGAGAGGAGAUGGAGAGGAGAGGAGAGGAGAUGGAGAGGAGAGGAGAGGAGAGGAGAGGAGAGGAGAGGAGAGGAGAGAUCUGAAGAACAAGAUCACCAGAAAACACUGAACAAAAUGGUGGAUAAAAUCUCUAUCUAAUUUUUUUACAAAGUUUUUGAUACAGCCUCAAAUUGUUAAAAAAAAUAGAUAAAUAAAUAAAUAGUGUAUUGCAAUUCGUUCAAUCUUAGCGUAGAUAAUUGAUUCUUCAAUAUGUACCUUUUCUCAUGGGUCACCUAUUUCAAGUGAUUUUUUUUGUUGUUGACAUAUUAUCAAAUGUAUUAUCAUGUUUUUCCCCAUUGAGUUUUGACUUUGAAAGUGACCCUUUGCAAUAAUGUAAGGUAAUGUCCGGUGGAGGUGAGUGGUCAAUGCAGGUUAGAUGAGUGUACUACCAAAAUGAGUGGUGAUGAGAAAACCCACAUAAUGAUGAUGUACACGCAUAAUGAUGAUGAUGUACACACAUAAUGAUGAUGUACACGCAUAAUGAUGAUGAUGAUGUACACACAUAAUGAUGAUGAUGAUGUACACGCUUAAUGAUGAUGAUGUACGCGCAUAAUGAUGAUGUACACGCAUAAUGAUGAUGAUGUACCCACAUAAUGAUGAUGUACACGGUUAAUGAUGAUGAUGUACACGCAUAAUGAUGAUGAUGUUCCUCCCCCCCAAAAUGAGGAUGAUGAUGUAUCCAUAUGUAGUUCGUUUUUUGCAAGAUACCAAGUGUUGCUUUUUUAGUGUGCAUAUAUCAUGAAAGCCAGUCUCCGUCUAUCUACAGUAUGUCCAGACAAUUCGUCCUUCUUCACACGUUUGAAAUUCUAAUCCUCUGUACAAUUAUCGGAGGGGGAUCAUGAUGUGUUACACUGGCACACUGCUGCUGCCAUACCUUAUAAUAUAUAGCUUUAUUUUUAGUGAUGAGCUUCGGUUAUAAUCGGUUUUCUAAUGCUUUCACUUACCCCUUGAUGAGUCUACAUGUCAAUGUCAACAGAGGUUUCCGUAAAGAUGUGUAUCCAUCAUAGAGUUAGUUAGAGGACUCAUCUUUGUAUCUGUCCAAUUACGGCAUCUAUGAUAGCACAAUUUUCAUGCAAAAAAAUGGGUUAUAUCCAUGAUGAGUUCUCUAACCAUCUCUAUGGGGUCCAUCUGUCAGGUCUGACUGUCAGCCCUUUGAGACAAUGACUCCUGUCACUACAGCUGGAUAAUAGUCGACUAUACUGGUUUUAUUAAUCUGACUAGAUAAACAUUUCAUCUGGAACCAUGUUGUAAAUCUCCUUUCCAUCACACUCAGCACCAUGAAAUACAGAUACAGUAUCUUAUUGGGUUAAUAUGUAAAUAACUGGCUGACACCUCCUCUGCGUCUCCACACAUCAUCUAGUCACUUCUGCUGUUUGAUUUUAGAAGGAAAACUGGUAGGUUUAUAUUGGUAGGUCCCAAUUAGAGUUGGUAGUUACUAAAAGACAGAAAGGCGUAGUUUCUGAUGACAGUUACAGACACUGAUGCAGAUUUUUGAUUGAGAUUCAUAGAUAUGUAGACACCACAAGGACAUUUUCUUUCAGGCCUUUGUUUGUUUGUUUGUUUGUUUAUAUAUAUAUAUAUAUAUAUAUAUAUAUAUAUAUAUAUAUGUGUGUGUGUGUGUGUGUGUGUGUGUGGCGUAGUCCUUCAGCAUUAAGGUCACUAGACUAGCAAAGAAUCAGGUUUAGUUAUACUGAGUGAAAUCUUAAAUUACAUAUCCGUAACACAAUUAAGCGUACAUCUCCAUUUGAUUCCACAAGUAAGAGGAUAACGAUGGCGUGAUGUAUGUGAAAGCUUAACGGAGAAAACAACCAAAGAUGUAAAAAGGUGAAAUUUAGCAGUCAUUCACUACAACUUGUUCAAAUGCCUUGUUGACAGAAUAUCUUGUAAACUGUCGGUUACAUUUCAGUAUUUCAGAUACAUUUCAGAUGUUAGCAACAGUAUUGCAAAGGAUAUGGAUUCAACAAAAACACAUUGUUCUUUUAAAUUAGAACCCGAUAGCUGUCUCGAGGGACACGUUUUGUUUAAGCCGAGGGAGGAGUACACUCCAACCAAUUAGGUUCGAUAACGAUUACAGAUUAGCUGCCUUUCGGUUUAGGUACGGUUCUCGGACUGUAGAAAGGAAUGAUCAUAUCAUAAUGUCAUCUGUAUUAUACCAUUGUUCUGUUGAUCUUUCAUCGGCUUCCAUUUUGGAUUCUACUUUUGUCAGCUUCUAUUUCUGCCAAUUGGAAAUUGAGGGAUUGGCGUGUCAAAUCAAAUCAGCCUUAAAUGCAGUUCUUAUUCAUACACAGCACUGACUGAAAGCUUCCUAUGCUCUGAGGGGCAGAUUGUACUAUAUUUUGUUGAUCGCUGAAGAGAAUAUGUAGUCUUGAUUUAGUUUUUACAUUCAUGAGUAAAUGAGUCCUUACAACUGGAAUGGUAAUGGUAAUAAUAAUUAGUAAAAGUAUUGAUGAUGAUUGUAAUAAUAUGUUUAUCAUAAUGGUUUCAGGGGGAACUUCUCUACUGUGUUUUGUCCUUCAUUUUUAUAUGUCAUUUUGUUAAUGAAAUACUUGUUUUCCCACCAACCAAUGUGGUUCGCUAAACAAAAUGGUUGCCAAACUACAGCGCAGUGAAAAGCAAUGGGUUUGACUUAAAAACAAGUUGGCAUAUAAUCAGA